UUCAUGCUUUUAUUUUUUAACCGGAAGUAUGCUCCGUGCUGGGACGGUAUUUCUACGCAGCCCCCGAACAAUAUCGACGUACGUCAGACAUCCUGCGUAAACUUCCACAACAAACAUGGCGGACGAUCACACAGAUGCCGAUCAGUCCAUGGAGGGACACACACCUGUGUCUGAAAACCCUCACGCAGAGUACGGCCUGACGGACAGCAUCCAGAGGACGGUCGAGAACGAAAAGGCGGGCGCAGAGAAGAUGUCGAAACAGAAGGUGGACCUGCAGGCGCUGCCGACCAGAGCGUAUCUGGACCAGACGGUGGUCCCCAUCCUGCUGCAGGGCCUGUCGAUGCUCGCCAAAGACAGACCUUCCAACCCCAUCGAGUAUCUGGCGGCGUUCCUGCUGAAGAACAAAUCUCAGUUUGAGGAGAGAAAUUAAACUGGUGAUGAGCAGAAACUCCUUUCAGCUCACGUGUUUGUUAAUAAACUGUUUUUGUUUUUUUUAAAUGGGAAUAAAUGUGUUGGCGUGAAAGUGAA